CCACAGAGAUUCUUAAAGAUGCAACUUGUAUGCAUAGGACUACUCCUUUUCAGCGUGACCUGGUCAGCACCAACUUUUCAACCACAGACUGUGAAAACCAGUCAAGACUGUGUGGAAGAACAGAAGCAGAGAAAAAAAAGUAACAAAACUAUUGCUUUUGAUCUUUUGGAGGAGGAAAGACAUCAAGAGGUCACACCUAAAGAAAACAUGACUCCGAAGAAAAAGAGUGACUUGUCUCUUUUUGUAGUCAAUGAAAAUAAUCAAAACAGCAAACCCUCAAAUCUUUCUGCAAAGACGAAGACAACCAAUGAUGGCACCCGUAUCAGUCGCAAAGGAAAUGCCCAUGAUGACCUAGUGAUGGCCCGGAUUCCAGAAUUCACUGUGGAUAAAAGGACUGAGGAUGGAGCUGGUACCAUAAGCCACCUACAUGUCCAGGAAGAAUAUGGAGCAACUCUCACAACAAAUAGCAGGGGGCCGGGGACUGUGAGCGCACUGUGGGGGGAGGGAAGCAAAGCCACGACACCUAGCAAUGUGCUAAGCAAAAUUCUAGCAGGUGUCAACUAUGUUAAAGUGCAUUCAGAAGGGAAAAAGAAUCAUCAAAGAGGUCCCCAAGACCACAAGAGCUCAGUACAAAGCAAGAGCAACCACUACACCAGACGUGACACUCACUACCUAACGCGGCUCUCCAAAAGCCAAAACGUCCCCAGUGACUUCGAAGGCAGUGGUGACACAAAUCAGGAGACAGAGGCUCACGGCCUCUCUCCUUUCAGUGGGGAUGGCCAGCCUUUCAAGGACUUUUGCUGGGAAGGAGGAGUUACUGGUCCAGAUGUUCAGACAGAGCUCGCAGGCCAAGGUGCAUCUCAGGCUAUUAACCGUGCCCCAGGAGUGCCAGGUUCCAAUGAGCUUCCAGAGACAGAAGGGCAUGAUGGCCGUGUCAUUGGAGCCAGCAGUGACAGAGUGAGAGAGACAGGUACUGGUGUGGACCUUGGGGAGGGCACCAAUGACAUCAUAGGAAAUACCAAUUUUAGGGAACUCCCUGGAAAAGAAGGAAACAGAGUAGAUGCUGACAGCCAAAAUGCUCAGCAAGGAAAAGUGGAGUCCCAUUAUCCAAAAUCUCCCUCAAGAGAGAAAGGGAAAGAAGGUGGUAGAGAUACAAGUGAAAGUACUCAUUACAAUGAAUUCCCUACCCACGGCAAGGGGAGCUCCUAUAAAGGACCAGAGCAAUCUAAUAGGAAUGAAGUGACCUUAAGUGAGAAACCAAUAAUACCUUCUCGUGGCCUUGAUAAUGAAAUUAGACAUGAAAUAGAUUCCCACAAUGUCCCCAGUAAUGAGGGGAAUAUAGUAACUCACAGGAGACAAACCCAUGGGGGACAGCAUAAUUCUACACGGAAUAAAGGGAGGUCUCACAGGAAAGGCCCCUGGAGUUACAGAAGACUCCAUUCUCAUAGGAGGGCUAGCCCUUCCCACAGGGACCAUAGCACCGAGUCAUCUGACAGUGGCAGUUCAAGUGAGAGUGCGGAUGAGUAG